UACUUGUGUUACUACAUGUGUAGUAGCUACUUGUGUAGUAGCUACUACACUUGUAGCUACUUGUGUUACUACAUGUGUAGUAGCUACUUGUGCUACUAGGUUAAUAAUCUGUCACUGGCCUCGCCUUCCUCCUCGUCGUCAAACUCGUCCUCCUCCUAGUCCGCCUCGUCUCUCUCCUCGUCGUCCUCGUCCUCCUCGUCAUGAUGGUGCAGGCGGUUCGCGUGCGCGCGGACGCGCUCCACGUGUGCCUCACGCACGCGCUCUCCACUGAGCGCGAGGAGGUCAUGGGGCUGUGCAUCGGGGAGGUGGACACGAGCGAGGUGGUUCACAUCUACUCGGUGAUCAUCCUCCGGCGCUCGGACAAGCGCAAAGACCGCGUGGAGAUCUCCCCGGAGCAGCUGUCGGCCGCCUCCACCGAGGCCGAGAGACUGGCGGUGCAGAGCGGGAAGCCGAUGCGCGUGGUGGGGUGGUACCACUCCCACCCACACAUCACGGUGUGGCCCUCGCAUGUCGACGUGGGCACGCAGGCCAUGUACCAGAUGAUGGACGAUUGCUUCGUGGGACUCAUUUUCGCCUGUUUCUCCGACGACAAGAACACCAAGACUGGCCGCGUGCUGCUCACCUGCUUCCAGUCCAUGAAAGUGCCCGGGGAAGAGGAGAUAGCGCGAGUCGAGAUCCCGGUGCACGUGGUGCCGUGCCCGACCAUCAGCCAGAUGUGCCUGGAGUCCAUCGUUGAGCUGCCCAAGAGUCUGUGCGAGGAGGAGCAGGACGCGUACCGGAGGGUUCUCAAUUUAACCAGCCUGGACCCCAUCACUAAGAUACACAACGGGACAGUUUUCACGAGGAAUCUGUGCUCCCAGAUGGCCUACGUGAGUGGGCCGCUGCUCCAGUUCCUGGAGGACCGCGUAGAGCGGAACGCGUGGAGGAUCCGCGAGCUCCAGGCAGAGAAACAGAAGCUCCAGGAGCAACUGGAGGCCCUGGAGUAGUGACCCUGCUGGCAGUGACGCGGACGUGCCGGCUCAAAGCUCCAUUGUCCGCAUGAUUCACACUUGUCGUCAUGAUUCACACCUGUCGGCAUGAUUCACACUUGUCCGCAUGAUUCACACUUGUCGGCGUGAUUCACACUUGUCGGCGUGGUCACUGGGAUUGUUGCUCUGGAAAGUACAAUGGUAACCAGUGGCGUGUGUAUGCUCAUGUUGAGGUUGGCGAGUGAGGCAGCGAACGGCUACAGUUGCCUCACGGUGAAAGUCCACUGGUGAAUUAUCGCAUCGGGCAUUGCGGUUCCUGUGUGAUCCGUGGUUUUAGAUGUAUACUCGCAGAUAUAGAUUCAGACGUGCAUUGAGACUUAGACUUACAUAGAGAGCCAUAGACUCAAAUGGACACGGCUUCGGGAUUCACGUCGUGGUGAAUAUUCCAAACGCCGCCAGCAAAUGAUCGCAGCCGGCAGUGGCGUUAAUUGUGGUCUAUUGUUUGAGAUCGGUGACAGCAGCCUUGCUGCGGGCUGCUCCGAAUUGUCCAUUGGCGCAAGGAGAUAGCGGCGUCUGCCAUGCCGACGUGUUCCCACUGCCACAUCACACCGGCGGGAUGUACGAGCCGAUGUCCGGUGGCCCCGUGGCGACAGCUGUGGUGUUGGCGAGGAGCGCGAAAUCGAGAGCGGCGCGUUUCGGUGGGAGGGGGCAGAGGGUCAGCGGGUGAACCAACGCAAAGGCUGCCACCCCGACCCCGUGGACGGUGUUGAACCCCCGCUUCACGAGCAAGAGGUCUGGGCGGUGGAUAUACGUGGACGUAACGAUAAGCGUGGAGUGGUGGCACGAACCCGAUCAGCCGAGCUUGCAUCUCUGGCCACAGAUCAGGUCCCGCAACAAAACAACCCCCGUAACCCAACCUGGUGUGGCGAGGCCUUCCUCCGUCCUUGGCUUGAUAAUGGCUGGAAAUUAUUUUAUUGUGCAAAUCGACUCUUAUACAAUACACAUAAAUAAGGCUCCACUAGAAUCUAUAUUAGGAAUCUAUUGAGUAAUGUAAACAUACGAAACUGAAAUCUGCAUUGAAGUGAAUCUGGAGGAUUUCGUGGCGUGAAUAUAGAAUCCACACGAGUGGGAAUGUAGACUUUACAGCUGUAGAAAUGUCGAGGAAGCAUCGUGUCGUGAAGUCCCACGUGAUAAUAGUUCGGCUGGCUCCGAAGAAUCAGCAGCUCGCAAUCGGAAAGUUGCGAGUUCCAAUCCUGGUUCGGGCUCGACUCAGCCACUCGUAUACCUUUGGGGUCCAUAAAAUGAAUACCGCUUUGUGCGAAGUUGAUGGUCAUUGUCCGAUGGAUUAAUUCACCACCAUAGGAAUGUGGAAUUUACCCCGCUAGUUCAGGGCUGGCAGCAGAUGCACGUGAUGUCAAUUGGCACGUGGAAUACCCCAAGAUGAAUGCGCAUCCUUGCGUCUGCUUUGUAAACCACGAUUGGAGUUAACGUGUCUUGCGUGUUGGAAAUAACACCCGUUUCUCUCUCAUCAACUACAGUCGGUUAUCCUACAGCGCCGCGUGUUAUCGUAACGCGAAUUGUAUAUAACGUGAUGAAUGUAUGAGGGAACACUUUUUUUAAUAACAAGGAUGUGAACGGGAUAUAACGCAAUCGAGUGAACGGAACCCCGUCGCGCGAGUAGGAGAAUGUGGUCGUACGGCUGCCUCGGCGAAGCCUCGCUGCUACGCGCCUCGGUCUUUAUUCAGCCUGAAUAUGCAUCUCGCGUCGUAUCACGCGCUCUGCUUUAUCCUACAUUGUUAUUAAAAUGCGAUUUUUCCAUAACCCCGGUGUUCAUCAGGAACGCAGCUACCACGUUAUAAGAGAACGGACUGUACACCAUAAUCAAUCUUGGCAAACUUCUCGUCCUUGGUAUGUCAUGUAUGUAAAUAUUUAAAUAAAACUACUGUCAACACAA